CACUCGUUCCCUACAGCUCUCUCCGUACCGCGGCUGGGGGAGCUGCGCGCACGCAGCCGGGGCCGCGGCACCGGCAUCGGCACUGGCAUUGGCACCGGGAUCGGCACUGCCGGCGGCGGUGUGCAGGCGGCCUGGCCAUGACGGCGGAGGAGAAGCGAAACCUGCGGUGCUACCGGCGCUACAUCGAGAGGAGCCUGAACCCCGUGUACAUCCUCAGCAACAUGACGGCGUGGCUGUCCGACGAGCGAGUCCGAAAGGAGGAGGAGAAGGGCGUCACGGCGGCCGCCGCGCUGUUCCUGGAUGCCGUGCUGCUGCUGGAGGCGGAGGGCUGGCUCCGCGGCUUCCUGGAUGCCCUGGUCGCAGCAGGUUACACUGGACUGGCAGAAGCAAUUGAAAACUGGGACUUCAGCAAACUGGAGAAACUGGAGCUGCACAGGCAGCUGUUGAAGCGGAUAGAAGCAACAAUGUUAGAAAUUGAUCCUAUAGCAAUCAUGCCAUACAUAAACACAUGCCUGAUAGAGAGGGAGUGUGAAGAGAUCAUGCAGAUCAGUGAAUACAGAAGCAAAGUGGCCGGGAUAACUAAACUCACUGAAUGCCUCUGUCGCUCGGAUAAGGAAAACUGGCCCAAAAGUCUUCAGCUGGCAUUGGAUAAUGCAGGAUAUUACAAUGCAAGUGAACUGUGGAAUAUAAGAGAAGAUAAUGGCAAAGAUGUUGAUGGUGAAAUGACAGAUGUCUCUGAGAAUUACUUUGACACCGUGAUGACAUUUUCUGAAGAAGCAGAAUGUGAUAAUCUGAGCAAAAAUCUCUCUUCAGUUUCAGAAAGCAUCUGUGAGUCUUCAUCUGUUUAUGAACCAUGAAGGAAGGCUCGAAUCUACCAGACUGAGCUUGCACAGCCUGCUAUUGAUGGGAAAAACACAUUGAUUUGUGCCCCCACAGGAUCUGGAAAAACUUUUGUGGCACUUCUGAUUUGUGAACAUCAUUUGCAAAACGUUCCCUCAGGACGAAGGGCAAAAGUUGUCUUCCUUGCAACCAAAGUGCCAGUGUAUGAGCAGCAGAAAAAUGUAUUCAGGCAGCAUUUUGAAAGAAGUGGAUACUCUGUUCAAGGAAUUUGUGGUGAAACAGUUGCAAAUAUCUCUGUAGAAAAUGUUAUACAGGACAGCGACAUCAUUGUGCUAAUGCCCCAGAUUCUUGUGAAUAGUAUGGAGAAAGGGAUCCUUAGCUCCCUCUCCAUCUUCACUCUGAUGAUAUUUGAUGAGUGCCAUAACACUACAGGCAACCAUCCCUACAAUGUGUUGAUGACCAGAUACCUGGAUCAAAAACUUGACUCCUCUGCAAACCAGCUGCCUCAGAUUGUAGGUUUAACUGCUUCUGUUGGAGUUGGUAAUGCCAAGAGUACUAAUGAAACUGUAGAGCACAUCUGUACCCUCUGCUCCUACCUUGACAUACAGGCCAUAUCCACUGUCAGAGAGAACAAACAAGAUCUGCAGAGGUUUGGAAACAAGCCAGAAACACAUAUCAGAUGGGUUAAAAUGCGAGCUCAGAAUCACUUUGCAGACAUUAUCUCAGGUCUGAUGUCUGAGACAGAGGUGUUGAUGAGGAAGAUUUACUCAGUGGAUACCAUCUCCCAAAUCAACAAGAGUUACUUUGGAACACAGAGAUAUGAACAUUGGAUAGUUUCCACUCAGAAGAAAUGCAGACUAUUGCAACUGGAAGAUAAGGAGAGGGAGAGCAGUAUUUGUAGAGACCUUUUCAUUUGUACUGAACACUUGCGGAAAUUCAACGAUGCUCUCAUUAUCAGUGAAGAUGCCCGCAUCGAAGAUGCUUUAGCCUACCUAAAUGAUUUUUUCACAAAUGUAAAAAACGGACCAUAUACAGAGUUAGAGAAGCAGCUGACGGAGAAAUUUCAAGAGAAAGAACUAGAGCUGACUGCCCUUUCAAAAGACGAGUCAAAUGAGAAUCCAAAGUUGGAAGAGCUUGCUUGCAUCCUGGAUGAAGCAUACCACUAUAACCCACAGACUCGCACUAUUCUCUUUGCCAAGACAAGAGCCUUAGUAGCUGCUUUGAAGAAGUGGAUAGAAGGAAACCCUCUUCUUAGCCACAUAAAGCCAGAUGUGUUGAUGGGUAAGGGAAGAAGAGAUCAGAAAACAGGUAUGACCCUGCCAAUACAGAAGGGUGUACUGGAUACAUUCAGAAAUGACAAAGACAUCAGACUGCUAAUUGCUACAUCUGUUGCUGACGAAGGCAUUGAUAUUACUGAGUGUAACCUUGUGGUGCUCUAUGAAUACUUCGGUAAUGUCACCAAAAUGAUCCAAGUUAGACAAGACGGCAAAACGCUACACAAAAAUUGUAUUUCAAAGCAAGACUGAACUCAGUGCAGGGAGGCCAAAUAAGCAGGCAAUAAAGUACUGGCUAGGGUAUACCCAUGAGGAUACCUGGAAGGGUCUUGUUCUGGUUUGUUAUUGAAGAAUCCUCUUCAGAAUUGUCUGAAUAUGAAAUUCGCAAACAAAAGCAGCCAUCCAGAAGGCCCUUAAUACUAUUAUGGCAGACCUCUCCCUUCUGCCCAUGUUGUUAAGAGUUACUAAAGAGCAUAAAUGUGUUGCUAUGUGGGUCGUGGAAGGGCAAGAGAUAGCAAGUGCAUCCUUGUGACAAGCAAAACAGAAGUGGUUGAGAAUGAAAAACUGUCCUGAUUUAGGACAAAUUAGGGGAAAUCUCCAAAAGGGAGCUCCCUAAAAAAAUCCUCCAACCACCCUCCCCCAAUACCGGGUUCGGGAAGGAAUUCCUCGGAGGAGCACAGUGGAAAACAAAACCUAUUUAUUAACAAAUAACAAAAGAACACUCCCCAGCACAAGAAAAGAAAAGAAAACCAGGCAGUGCUGUGGAGGGCGCUGAGCUUCUCUCGCAGACUCCGGGGGUCCUGGACGCCGGGGGUCCUGGACGUCCCAGGUCAGGUCCGGAGCCGGUCCAAUAUCUUCGGGGGAGGGUAAGAAAGAGGGAACGAAAGAAAAAGGGAAAAAAAACCAGCGUAGAAAGCAGAAAGUGGCAAAAAAGCAGCUAGCAGCCGAGGCAGGAGCAAGCAAGCAAGCCAGCCAAGCCAAGCAGCAAAAGCAAAAGCCAAGGUGCCUGGUCACACUCACACCCCUCCCGCCCCGCCCCGCUGCGGCAAG